CCAGUGCACCUCCACCGAUUAACUUUCUUUACCUUCGCUUUUGUCUGUUUCUUUCUUUUUCUCGUUAUCAUUCUCUACUGUUCAACCCUGACUUUCUUUCUUUUCUUUAUCUUUUUCUCCUGUUCUCUCUGUUUCUGUGUGUCCGAGCGAGAGGGAUAGAGAGAGAGGAGCCGAGCGAUGUUCAUGGUUUGAGCGAGGAAGAAUGAUGGAGUGGGAAAAUAACCAGGAAAAUCAACAACAGCAUCAAGAAAAUCAGAAUCAGAGAGAAAAUAGAAAUGGGAAUAAUAUGAGUAAUGUGAAUGGGAAUAAUGGGAAUGGAGGAAUGCUGUACGUCAAGGUCAUGACAGAUGAGCAACUUGAAACUCUUAGAAAGCAAAUUGCUGUUUAUGCCACCAUUUGUGAGCAGCUUGUGGAGAUGCACAAGACCCUCUCUGCCCAGCAAGAUCUUGCAGGAGGCAGGCUGGGAAAUCUGUACUGUGAUCCUUUAAUGGCUUCUGGUGGACAUAAAAUUACUGCAAGACAACGGUGGACGCCAACACCCGUGCAGCUUCAAAUUUUGGAACGAAUAUUUGACCAGGGGAAUGGAACUCCAAGCAAGCAAAAGAUAAAAGAGAUAACCUCUGAACUCAGCCAGCAUGGACAGAUUUCUGAAACAAAUGUGUACAAUUGGUUCCAAAACAGGCGUGCACGAUCAAAAAGAAAACAAUUGGUUGCCUCAUCUAACAAUGCUGAAUCAGAAGUGGAAACAGAAGUUGACUCACUGAAUGAGAAGAAGACAAAACCAGAAAUAUUUCACUCCCAACAAAACCCCCCAAGGGCUGACGAUCUGUGCUUCCAGAGCCCUGAGAUAAGCUCUGAACUGCAUUUCUUGGGUGUGUUACCAAAUCAUAGAGAUGAUCAUCUGACUGGAAAGCUGGCAGUGCCGGGGGGCUACAAUCUUUAUGAUCAGGCAGAGGACUAUGGCAUGGCAGGAUAACAGCCAUUUUGUCUGUUUUGUGCUAAUUUGUUUGACGAAUUUGUCUUACUAGGAAGUCAUGGCUCUCUGAGAUGGGUUGUUCUCUGAACAAUGAGAACAAGGAACAAUUUUAAACUGUGUGUUAGAUUAUACCACCUGGUAAAUUGUAGCCGAGUCAGUUAUAGUUUUGAUGAUGGUUAUAAGUUGGAGAAUGGACAGACCAGUGCAUAUAAAUCUUAUUUGGUUUGUGUGUGAAUA